AUGGAAUACCAACCUUUGAAUCAACAAACCAAAUACGAUCCAAAUCAAGUCUACCAACAACCACAACAAGUACCACCUCAAAAUGUAGUCUACUCCCAGCAACCAAUUUAUACUCAAGAACAACAAUAUUAUGCUUCAACACAACCUAUUUAUCAACAAUCCCAUGUUGUGACAACCACCACACAAGGAGAUGUUGAUUAUUUGGAAAAGCAAAAGCAAGAUCAAACUUCCAUGAUGUUGUUUAUUAUUGGUUUCUUUGUUGGUAUUGUGUGGAUUGUUAACUUUAUUCUCCAUCGUAAUUCACCAAGUGAAUCCGCAAGAAAGUUUGCCAAGGCUUCAAUUAUUUGUUUUGCUUUGAGCUUUGUUUUUGCUGCUGUUGCUGUUGGUAUUUAUUUGAUUGUCUUUUUCUCCAUCUUCCAAUCUGCUUAUUAA